AUGGAUUUCUCCGUAUUGCGUCGAAAACCUCACGGCAAGAAAUCCGCUGCCCCACCUCCAAAGCCCCCUUCAUCGCCAAAACGGCCAAAACCACCCUCCGGCGGUUCUCCUCAGCCACCACCACCCUCUGGAGGACCGCCGCCCCCACCGUCCGGACCACCGCCGCCACCAUCCGGACCGUUGCCGCCACCGUCCGGACCAUUGCCGCCACCGUCCGGACAGUUGCCGCCGCCGCCGCCCAGAGGACACUGCCCAUUUGGGCCGCAGAUGGGGGAAUUGGACGGGAUGCACAACCUUAGGAGCAUCGAGUACACAAACGCCAGAAUGUGGAGGAUGAAUUUCGGCCACGAUGACCAUUAUUACUACACCCACCAGCCGCCGCCCAGCCGCUAUCAGAUCCACGCGCCGCCGCCGGAAUACCACUACCAAGCGCCCCCGCCCGAAAACCACCGCAUGAUGGCUCUUCCCCCGCCGGAGUACGGCCCCCCACUCGCUCUUCCCCCGCCGGAGUACGGCCCACCACCGGAGUACCGGCAGAUGAGUUACUAUAAUUACCCGCAGCAGCACGGCUUUUUCAGCGAUGAGAAUCCUAAUGGCUGCGUCCUCAUGUGA